UGGUCGAAGAUUCAGGAUGAAUUUAGAGGUGGAAAAAUUAAUCUAGAAAAAACUCAGAAAUUACUUGAAAAAUUAGAUAUUCCUUGCAAUAUUAUUCAUGUGAAACAUAUUUUUAAGGAUAAUGACAGGCUGAAACAAGGAAGAAUCACCAUAGAAGAAUUCAGAGCAAUUUAUCGAACUAUUGCACACAGAGAAGAAAUUAUCGAGAUUUUCAAUGCAUAUUCUGAAAACCGAAAAAUUCUUUUGGAAAAUAACCUGGUUCAAUUUCUGAGACAAGAACAAUAUAUAAGUGAGAUGAGUAAAACUAUUGCUAUUGAAAUCAUUCAGAAAUAUGAGCCCAUUGAUGAAGUUAGGAAAGAACAGCAGAUGUCAUUUGAAGGUUUUACAAGAUACAUGGAUUCACCCGAAUGUCUACUAUUUAAACAUGAAUGUAGAAGAGUUUAUCAAGAUAUGACUCGUCCAUUAAAUGAUUAUUUUAUUUCAUCUUCACAUAACACAUAUUUGAUAUCUGACCAAUUAGUGGGACCAAGUGACAUUUGGGGAUAUGUGAGUGCCCUUGUGAGAGGAUGCCGUUGUCUGGAAAUUGACUGCUGGGAUGGAGCACAAAAUGAACCUGUUGUGUACCACGGCUACACAUUGACCAGCAAGCUUCUGUUUAAAACCGUCCUCCAAGCAAUACACAAAUAUGCAUUCAUGACAUCUGACUACCCAGUGGUGCUCUCUUUAGAAAAUCACUGCUCCCCUUCCCAACAAGAAGUGAUGGCAGACAAUUUGCAGACUACUUUUGGAGAGUCCCUGCUUGCUGAUAUUCUUGAUGAUUACCCAGACAAACUACCUUCCCCAGAGGCACUAAAAUUCAAAAUAUUAGUUAAAAAUAAGAAAAUAGGAACCUUAAAGGAAACCCAUGAAAGAAAAGGUUCCGAUAAGCAUGGAGACAAUCAAGACAAGGAAACAGAAUCAAAAAAGGCCAUUUCAGCAAUGCUUUUCAAGAAAAAGAAGACCAGGAAGCUAAAAAUUGCUCUGGCCUUAUCUGAUCUUGUCAUUUAUACUAAAGCCGAGAAGUUCAGAAGCUUUCAACAUUCAAGACUGUAUCAGCAAUUUAAUGAAAACAAUUCUAUCGGGGAGACACGAGCCCGAAAACUUUCAAAGUUGAAAGUCCAAGAGUUUAUUUUGCACACCAGGAAGUUCCUUACCAGAAUAUAUCCCAAAGCAACAAGAGCAGACUCUUCUAAUUUUAAUCCUCAAGAAUUUUGGAAUAUAGGUUGUCAAAUGGUGGCCUUAAAUUUCCAGACCCCUGGUCUGCCUAUGGACCUACAAAAUGGGAAAUUUUUGGAUAAUGGUGCUUCUGGAUAUAUUUUGAAACCACAGUUCCUGAGAGAUGCUAAAUCAAACUUUAACCCAAAUAAAAUAACAGACAGUGAUCCAACUACACUUACAAUAAGGCUCAUCAGUGGUAUCCAGUUGCCUCUUAAUAAUGCAUCAUCUAACAAAGCUGACACAUCAGUGAUUAUAGAAGUUUUUGGUGUUCCAAAUGAUCAAACGAAGCAGCAGACUCGUGUAAUUAAAAAAAAUGCUUUUAGUCCAAGAUGGAAUGAAACAUUCACAUUUAUUAUUCAUGUACCAGAAUUGGCAUUGAUACGUUUUGUUGUUGAAAAUCAAGGUUUAAUAACAGGAAAUGAAUUUCUUGGGCAAUAUACUAUACCACUUCUAUGUAUGAACAAAGGUUACCGUCGUGUUCCUCUGUUUUCCAGAAUGGGUGAGAGUCUUGAGCCUGCUUCAUUGUUUAUUUAUGUGUGGUACGUCCAAUAGCAACUAAUAGUACCUGACAUAUUGUUAGCUACGCAUCACAAUAAAACAGCCAAAAUGAA